CGGGCCCUCUGGGAGGUGGACUCGACGCUCAGCCGCCCCGGCGGCCCUGUGCCUGCCAGCCCAGCAGCCGGUGGGCAGCCGCUCACGGCCUGUGUCUCAUCCCCAGGUGCUGGAGGACACGUGCCGGCGGCAGGACUUCAACCCCAGCGAGUACGACCUGAAGUUUCAGAGGAGUGUGCUUGACCUCUCUCUGCAGUGGAGGUUUGCCAACCUGCCCAAUAACGCCAAGCUGGAGAUGGUGCCCGCGUCCCGCAGCCGCGAGGGGCCCAAGAACACGGUCCGCAUCGCGCUGCAGCUGGACGACGGCUCCAGGUUGCAGGGCACUUUCUGUUCCGGGCAGACCCUCUGGGAGCUCCUCAGCCAUUUUGCUCAGACCAGGGCGUGUCUGGAGCAGCCGUGGGAGGCCAGCCCGGUCUGCGUGUACAUGAGGGAUGAGGUGACGGGCAGAGCCGCCUUGCAGAGCACGACGCUGCUGUCCCUGGGCCUCACCGGGGGCAGCGCCAUCAUCAGGUUUGCCAUGAGGCGAUGCGACCCGGCCAUCACGCAGGAGCCUGGGGUCUCCCGGAGCAAAACCAAGCUGCCCAAGUCCUUCUCCAGCCCCGGAGGCCCCUCCAAGCCAAAGAAGUCGAGGCCCCCGCCGGAGCCGGAGCCGCCGGUGGACCGGGACCCCGUGGUGUGCCACCCGGACCUGGGGGAGCUGCUCCAGGCCUGGCCCGCGGAGCUGCCCGACGAGUUCUUCGAGGUCACGGUGGACGACGUGAGGAGACGCUUGGCCCAGCUCAAGAGUGAGCGGAAGCGCCUGGAAGAGGCCCCCUUAGUGACCAAGGCCUUCAGGGAGGCUCAGACGAAGGAGAAGCUGGAGCGAUACCCGAAGGUCAUCGGGGUGCGUCUGCUGGGGCCCCGCUCACCCUCUCCUUCCUCCUCAGUGGGGGACCUGCGGGACUUUGUGAGGAGCCACCUGGGGAACCCCGAGCUGCCCUUCCACCUGUUCAUCACUCCUCCAAAGACCAUCCUGGAGGACCACACGCUGACCCUCUUUCAGGCAAACCUCUUCCCUGCUGCCCUGGUGCACUUCGGGGCUGAGGAGCCAACAGGUCUCUAUCUGGAGCCCAAGCUGCUGGAACACACGGUCUCCCCAUCUGCAGCCGACGUGCUGGCGACCAGGUGCAUGGCCAGGACCUCCGCGACCCCGUCCCCGCUGCCAGCCCCUGACCCUGUGCCCCUCGAGUCAGAGGCAGCUGCCGAGGAGGGCGCAGUGGGGCCCCCUGAGCCCAGCCCCGGGACAGCCCAGCCCUUGAGGAGGGACCUGGGCAAGGUGCCCAAAUGGCUAAAGCUGCCAGCCAGCAAGAGGUGAGAGCCGCCAGCCGGAGGUGCCCACUUGGCCGGGGACGGGACCCUCCUCCACCCUGAGUGCGAAUAAAGACUGAGCACCUCCCGA